AUUUUUUCUUUUUAUUGUUUUUCUUUUUAAAUUAUUUUGUUACAGAAUUCGAAAAAACCUACAACAAUAGCCCGCGCAAACGAGCAUUUUGGCACCCCUUCUUGAUCAAACACUCAGACAUACCACUGGGCUUCACUCCUUCGAUGUCUUUGUCUUCUAAAUUCCGGCUGCUGCCACUGCUGCUGGUCGUGGUGGUCCUUGCGGUGGACAGUGCAUCAGCAUUCUUGGCCAACUACAUCACCAACUCUGGCCAAGUGUGCACGAGCUCGCCAGCUGCAUCAGGAUGGUCCGUGGUCACUCUCACCAGCACUUAUGAAUCCGCCUGGUACUGCGCAAGCAAUGCAUUUCGACCUGGACCAGCGGACAAUUGCGACCGAACCUGUGGAUUUACGUGUUUUGACUGGUCUUGCGGCGGUACUCGAGCACCGAUCACGAACGCGCAGGCUGAUUACUCGGUUGAUCUCGAAUCCGCUUUAAGCGACGACGAGCUCACCAACUAUGUCAUGGACGGUCGAGCGAUUGCCAAAUUCUCGUCGACAGUUGCUCUCGACUCGAACGCGGGCGACGACCUGGGGAGUGUUCAGCUCGCCUUCUACAAUAGCCUUGGCGCUCUGCUCGUUUCAUCCAGCUCUGCUACUACCAUCUCAACGACCGCGGUUACCCUUGCGGCUUCAAAGCCCAUCCCGAGCACCGCUACCAAACUCGUCGGAAGCUUUGUUGCGUCAAAGUCCGGCGCUACGAACUAUGCAAUGGAUGUCUCCUUCCAAUCCCCUGUUCUGACAAUAGUGGCCGCCCCGGUUCCGCAGACGUGCUCCUGCUCAGCCGUGAACGCGACGGCUGUGCUCGUCACGUUCUCAGCCGUCGCUAGCACACAACAACCAGUCACUCAACUGUCUGUUGGAUUGUCCAGCUCAUCUCUCGCGCAAACAUCCGGACUGCUUGCUUCGACUGCCACUUCAUACACAUUCACCGGGCUGUCAAGCGGGACAACUUUCACAUGCACUGUCCAAGCUAAAAAUGAUGCGGGCAUUUCAACUGUGGCCAGCCAUCCGCCGUCUGUGACAACACCCUCUGUUGAUUGGGUUUACGCGCAGUCUGUGUGCUCUGCAACCUGUAAUGGGACACGUACCCGCAGUGCGACAUGUCAAGAUGGCAACGGCAUUGUGUACGCGAACAGCGUUUGCAUUGCGUCUCCUCAACAACCUACUGGUGUUGUGCCAUGCAACGUCGUCUCGGACUGGAGUGCCUGGCCGACCUGCUCCAGCACGGAUUGCAGCGUUGGUUCCCACACGCGCACGCGCACGCCGGUGGGUCCGUCUGGCGACAAUUUUUGCAACCUCCCGUUGAGUGAGACUCAGCCCUGCACUGGCAGCGACUCAUGUGGCACUUCGGAGGUGCCCUUGUCUUCUUCGGAGGUGCUCUCCGCUUCCUUGACAGGCUCUGCCCAGACUCUUCCUCCUGGUGCCAGCUCCUCGUCUGAGAGCAGCCUUGAGAGUCAAGUUGCUACCCCGAGUAGUGCAGGCAUUCUCCCGUCGUCGGGCUCAAGUGCUAACAUUCCCCUGUCGAGCGCGAGCGCCGUUUCGUCGAAUACCCCGGCUGGGACGCUUGUCAUUGGCUCGGGCUCGGGCGGUGAUGCAAGCAACAUGGCGAUUGGUGUUGCAGUGGGCCUUGGCAUCUUGCUGGUCGUCAUUGUGAUCUUGGUGUUGGUCAUGCGCCGCCGCCGCAGCCCUGCGAAAACGCGCGUUGUUUCCUCGACUUCUACCAUUGGCAACGCGCUCUUUGCACCUGCUUCCUCCGCCUCUUCGCGUACCAUGUCGCCAAAUGCCCAAGCUUCACCCGACGAGGAGGAAACGUACGCGGUUGCCCGACCAAGCAGCGUGAUUGCGCCGCCAUCAUCUUCGUCGGCUGCCGCGCUCUAUCUUGCGCCCCAAGACUCUCCAGCUCACAGCAAGGCUCAGGAGGCCGGGCUGUACGACGCUGUGGGCGGGCAGAGCUCGACGUACGCCGUCGCAACACGCGCAAAAUCAGUGUAUACGUCCCCUGGCGAAGGCAAUACGCCUGCGCCAUCCGAAAACUACAUGCAACCCGACGACGCACCUGCAGCAGCCAAGCCAAAGGCGACCCCACAGGCGCAGGACGAUGAUCUCUAUGCCUUCACGGCAGAUCAUGUGCAUCCUGCCGCAGCCCCAGCCGCCAAUCCUGACGACAAUGACCUGUAUGCUCAAGUUGGCAGCUUUGCACCCACCUCCGGUGCUGCAGCUCAAGGGGACUACUAUGCCACAGCGCAGCCGCAGCCUCGUGCGCCGCUUGCUGCUCCAGUGGCGAGCAGCAACAAUGUCGUCGCUCCCAACGGCGAUGUGUACGCGACCGUUGCAAAGCCAGACGGAGCUGCAGCGGCGUCGGCGUCGUCGUCGUCGUCCAGCCAGUUUGUUGCAGGCCCACAAAAUGGCGACCUUUAUUCGCAGGUUCGGCACGCAACGUCACAGCCCGCGCACGCACAAAGCGACCUGUACGAGGAGCUUGGGCUUCCGGCAACGAGCACCAGCAUUCAGAACUUGACAGCCAAAUCGAAGAGCAAAAAGCGCGGUGACGCCUUGGACGCUGUCAACGAAGACGGUCAGCCCGCGGCACCCUUCUCUGUGGAAGCGUCUCACUGGGUUUCCGACGACUGAUAGGAGACGCUUGAGGUGUCGGAUGGGUUGUUGUUUUUGGUUUCUGGUUCCGGUUUGUUUGUUGUCGUUUGAGUUUUUUCGUUUGUUCUCUCCUCCUCCUCCUCCCUCGUAGAGUCUUUUCGGAGCCUCGCUUGUUCGUUGUUUUGCUCGCUUGUUCAUGACCGUUGCGUUCACUGUAAAUCCUGUUUAUUCCCUCCAUGUCAAAAAUAACAAAAAACACAAAACAACGAGCUUCCA